GUUAUCCAUUGUCUCGAAAUACAUUCAUACGCGAUUCUGACCAAUGUUCCAUAUUUAUCAUCACUGACACAUAUUACAUACGAAUCAUCGAUUUUGAGAGAGAAUGGCGACAAUCGGUUCGAAACGUUCAUGCCAUUCUGCCGCCGAUACAAACAACAGUGCCGGUGGUAAUGGUAACCAAACGCCGACUAAAAAACGUUCCAAAAUGGACAUUGAUUUCGAUGUAAAGUUUGUUGCUUCAUCUCAAGAUGAUCUCGAUAUUGGGUUGCUUCGAGUCCAAAAUCGUCGUCUUACCGAACGAAUCAAACAUCGACAACGUGUCGAAUCAGAGCUUCGUGCUCGUCUUGAACAGAUGGAGAAAAAACAAUUAAACGAUGACACUAAACUGUAUGUGAUAAAUCGAUAUUGGAACCAGCUAAACGAAGAUAUGCGUCUCCUGUUGCAACGUUUCGAUCCAAACGCAUCGAAUGAUUCUAGUGGCUCGAAUGGCAAUCAAUCAACCAAACCGAACGACGAAUCCAAUGAUGAUGACCAUGAUGACGAUGAUGAUGAUGAUGAUGAUGGCGACGAAGAUGAUUCAAACGAUGGUCGUCACCGUCGUAAUGAAAAUGCCGAGACGACCAGUUUUGUUCGACAAUUAGCCAACCUGGACAAAGAAGAAUUGGACGAGCAAAUGCAGCAACGAGUAUUGCUCUCUACUAGGGCCGUAUCAAAAGUAUUACAAGAAUUUGAUCGUAUUGUGCAACUCAAUGAAAAAGUUAUGGCCGCAUUGAAUCGAAGUUCGAUGCUGGCCGAUGAUGAUGACGACGAUGGCAGAUCCGAUGAACCUGACACGAUCAAAUCGCCAGAUCGUGAUGAUAAUCUUGAUGACGAUGAUGAUGAUGAUGAUGAUAUGGCUACAAGUAAAUCGAGUAGAACAAAUCGCAAACGAAAACAUGCUGCCAAAGUGAACCUCGACGAAAAGGUACGGCAACUGAACGAAGAGCUCACCAUUGAGAAUAAAAAUCUUAAUCUGAUGGUCACGUCGUUGCAUGAAAAAAAUCGUACCAUUAGCCUAAAGUAUCAGCAAGCAAAAGACAGACUUGAUUCAAAGGAUAUGCAGCUGGACGAGCUCAAGAAUCGUGUCGAUGAAUUAGAAUUUGAAUUGAAUAAAUCCAGAACCCGGGAACAACGUCUCGAGGACCAUUUGUACGAAGCCAGGGAAAAGCUUCGAUGUCUGCAGAAUAGCCAGAAUGCUGGUUCUUCUGGAUCGGCCACUGCAUCCAAUGAUUCGAGCAAACAGGACGCUCUUUCCACAAUGUCAUCAACGAAAAUCGAAGAUCUAAAACGUGAACUAGAAGAACAACGAGAACAGGCUCAAUCUAGGCUUGUCGAACUUGAACAGCUAAACAAUGAACACAAAGAGACAUUGAAACUGGUGGAAAAGUACAAAAUCGAUUUACAGUGUUUGCCCGAGGUUGUCAUCAAAGAUUCGGCCGAAUACAAGUCACUACAGUCGCAUUUUUCCGUUCUGUUCAACGAAUCAAUGUCGUUGAAAACACAACUUGAAGAAUGUCGACAACAGUUAUCGGCCGCCAAAAACGUUCAUAUGCGACAAAUCGAACAGAUGGAAGCCGAAGAACUUACCAUGCAGAAACGGCUUCGCAAUGAAUGCAUGCAGCUGGAAGAUUCGUUGAAUCAAGUACGUAAGGAAUACGAAAUGUUACGGCUCGAAUUUGAACAAACACUCGCUGCCAACGAACAAACCGGUCCGAUCAAUCGAGAGAUGCGUCAUCUGAUCACUUCGUUGCAGAACCAUACUCAACAGUUAAAGGGUGAGAAUGCUCGCAUCAAGAAACGUUUGAAAGAAUCGAAUGUCGAGAUUGGUCGCCUCAAACAGAUUAUCGAACAGAAUAAUCUGAAAGUCUGCUGUGGCGGCAUCCUACUUCCAUCAUCCAACACAUCAUCACAGAAUCGCCCAGUCGAUAAUGGGGCCUGGUCCACUACGUGUACGGUCGAUUGUUGCAAUUCAGCCAGCCAACAACAACAACAGCAGCAGCAACAGCCAAAGACUGAAUCGUCAACCACAUGUUCCGAUUCUUCAUCAUCAUCAUCCACCGAUAUCAAAACUGAGCCAUCCUCAUCGUCGAUAACGGCCAUGGCAGCCGAAUCCUCAUCCGAAGAUCAUGGUAAACGCAUUGUUAAAUCUGAAUCAUCAUCAAAUACUACACCACCCCCACCGUCAACUUUAUCGACGAUGGUGAAGAAAGAAUCUCCCAAUCUGGACUGUUUGGAAUCUUCGUCCAGUAUGGAUGGCUCCAUUGCAGUGAAUCAAGCUGAUGGUCAUGGCCAGAUACCACAGCCGCAUUCUUCAUCAAGUGGUCAGAUAAGUGCCACUGGUAACCAUUCACAGCAGCAAAGAGGCCUACCAUCGUCAAUGAAUCGUAAAUCUGAAGCGGAUACAAUCCGAGAGCUAAAAGGACAGUUGAAAAAAUCCUGGGAAUCACAACGUGAGCUGAAAAUUCUUCUCGACAUGUUCAAAUCAGUGGACAAAGAGAAAAGGGAAAAAGCACAGCUCAUGGCAACGGAGAAGAAAAUGAGACUAGAAUUGGAAGAAUUACGACAGCAAAAUAAAAAAUUACUCGAAGAUUGUUCAUCAUCAGCCAAACGUUCCGAUAAGGAACGUCGAUUCUCUUGUAGCAGCAGCAGUUCUGGAUCACAGAAAAGUCUCACAGACGAUGAACAUAAAAAGAUGACCAAAUACGAGGAUAUCAUACGUGAUUUACAGAAAAAUGUGGCCGCUCAUAAACAACAGGAACAGGCGUUGCUCAACGAAAUGGAAGUUACCGGACAGGCAUUCGAAGAUAUGCAGGAACAGAAUUGCCGUCUCAUUCAACAGCUGAGAGAGAAGGAUGAUGCCAAUUUCAAGCUCAUGUCAGACCGCAUUAAAGCGAACCAGAUACAUAAGAUGCUCAAAGAGGAAAAGGAACAUCUCACCGAGCAGAUUGUCACACUACAGCAACAAAUUGAAGCACAGAAUCAGGUCGUUCGAAAGUUAGAGGAACGUGAACGUAUUCUACAGAAUAGCCUGUCGACAGCCGAAAAAGAAUUGACCGUUCGACAGCAGGCAAUGGAUUUUCUCAAACGAAAAGCGCUAGAAAGUUCGCAAUCGGCGGCCGAUCUCAAACUUCAUCUGGACAAGUAUGUGGCUCAGAUAAAGGAUGCACAAUCGAUCGUUGCAGAUAAAACGUCAGCAUGGCAGCAGGAAACAUUCAAAACGAAACGUUUACACGAAGAAGUCAUCAUGUACAAACGGAAAUAUGAACGGGCCAAGAAAUUCGAAUUGGCUGCCACCGCCGACGAAGUGCUACAGGAGGAGAUUCGUGAAUUAAGAGAGGAGCUAACCUGUCCAUCAUGCAAAACGAAACGCAAGGAUGCCGUGCUCAACAAAUGUUUUCACGUCUUUUGCUAUGAUUGUCUCAAGACGCGAUAUGAAACCCGACAACGGAAAUGUCCUAAAUGCAACCAAUCCUUCUCGGCCAACGAUUUCCAUCGUUUGUAUCUGGCCUAAUGACAUACUUGCAUGUAGUAGUGAAUUUUAUUUGUUUGAUAAUACUCGGCUGAAUCGUGUUGUGUGAUGUAUGUAAUUACCUAUUUAUUUGUAACAAAUUCCGUUGACAACCCUAGUUUUUAACCAUUGGUCGAUGAGAAAACCAUACAAUCUUGAUGAUGCAUGAAUGACCCAAUUCGAAUGUUGGAAUUGAUUGAAUUAUUUCAUUGUGGUUUAUUAUUUAAUAAAAUAAAUAAUUCAUUCUGUUUCUUAUAUAAA